AUGGCCGACCGAGACGAUCCAAUCAGCAGCGAUGCAACGCCGCAUAAGAGGAGGAAACUGAACGCCGACGCCGGCAGUGGCAGACCGUGGAACUCGGAUGAAGACAGCGCAGCAGACUUGACCGAGAAUGACUUCCAGCCAGCUGCAACCACCACGCGCGCGGUGGAGCCCGAGGCCAAGCGCAAGCUACAGUAUGGUCCUGGACAACUGCACUCGGAACUCAGUGCCAGCACUCAUGCUCGAUCCUCCCCGGCAACUUUUGUCACACAGCCCACGCAGUCACUACGGCAUACGACCCAACCCACGCAAUCACUGCAAAAGCAACGCACACCAGAAGUACAGGUGGAGCGAUCCUCUCCAGUCGCAGCUUCUCCUGCGCAAAAGCCGGUCCCAGCAGCAAUCACGCGCGCGCCAUUCGCGAGGCCAAAUGGUGUCCUUGCUCGAUCAAUGGCACCCCCUGGUACCGCAUUCCGGAGACCUGCAGGAGUGCAAGCAAAACCAAUUCGGAUAGACGUCGAUGACAGUGAUGAGGACCCACCAGUCGAGCACAGUGACGAAGAGAUGCCGACUAGUGGCCACCCACACAUCAAGCCAACCAACUUUAAGCGAGCUGGUCGUGGGCUCGACUCCUCGCCGAAUAGGGUUAUUAGCGAGUCUCCUCAAGCACAAGCUCCCGUUUCCGUCCAGCACGCGGCCCCCACCGCCUUCAUGGGCAUGCUGAGUAAGUUUGGCUAUCAGCAACCUCCACCACAGUCGCCCAUGGAUGAUAUGGGAAGUGCAUAUGGAACCACCUCGAGGCUGGCCCGACAGCCGAAUCCGAAUCCGCAGACAGCUCCAUCCCGAGCAAUGCCAGUAUCGUCCGCGCGCGCAUACCAUCGAUUGGAAGAUAUCGAGGAUUUCGCACUGCGUCGCAAGGUCGAACAGCUACGAAAAAUACAGUCCAAAUGGUCAGUACAGCAAUGCAUGGACGCGCUCCUUCUCAAGAGGGGUAACAUGCUGGAUUCGUCGGAUUGGUUGGCGCAGCAAGAAGAUGCCGAGCGCCAGACGGACGAAUUAUCCCACAUGAGCAGCCCAAUCCAGAGGAGGGGCAUCGCGCAGCCAGUUUCACAAUCGUCGCUUUCYCGAAACUCAUCGCAGCCUGUCCGGCCCGCAGCCAAGCAGCACAUUCACAAGCCACUCCAGACGAUUGCAGAGCGGUACAAUGCCAACAAGAAGCGACCGGUAGCCAAUGAACCAAUUGAGCUAGAUUCAGACGACGAGGAAAUCAUCAAGCCUCACAGAGGGAGACUUGUGCAAGGGCUCAAGGGGGAUCGAUCUCCAUCAUCCUCUCCACCUCGGCAGCAGGCUCCUCGGCGGAAUCGGCUUGUGAAGAAGUCAGUGAUCGCUAUUGAGUCGGACUCGGAGGACGAUCCAGGAGCUGGCCCGGAUGCUAGCGCGGACGAGUUUGAGGAGGCGAAGGGCGCUCAAGUUUCCCAUGAAGAGGAAGACCCGUCAGGACGCAUGCAGGAGAUACGUGAGGCGCGGUUACUCAAAAUCUUCAACGAGUCGACGGUGCAUGAUUUGGCCGAGCUCUCUGGGCAGCCGAAUGAAAAUAUCGAGUUUGUGCUGGAUCAGCGGCCCUUCGAGACGCUGGAUGAUGUCCGUCUUGUCGUUAUGGAGACCUUAACGAAGACGGGCAAGAAGUCCAAGCGAACGCGCGCCGUCGGUGACAAGCUGGUCGAUGAUUGUACAGAGGUCAUGACUGGCUAUGAUGCCGUAGACCAGUUGGUGGUGCAAUGUGAGCAGAUCGCAGAGCCAUUGUUGGAAGCUCUGAAGGGAUGGGGAGUGAACGGCGAAGGCGAUGGCGAAUUGCAGAUUAUGAAGCUCGACGAAGCACAAGACUCCGGGAUUGGCACGCCUCUAAGCUCUUGCGCCGUGGAGGAGGGCGCUGCUCAGAAGACAUCUUCCAGCAAGGGCAAGUUCAUCGGCCAGCCCAAAAUCAUGAGUCCUGAUCUCAUCAUGAAGGACUACCAACUUGUUGGCUUGAACUGGCUGGACCUCCUGUUCCAGAAGAAGCUCUCUUGCAUCCUGGCYGACGACAUGGGGUUGGGAAAGACUUGUCAAAUCAUCGCAUUUCUUUCGCAUCUGCAAAUGCAGAAAGUCGACGGAGUCCAUCUCGUCAUCGUCCCGGGAUCUACUCUGGAAAACUGGCUCCGUGAAUUCGCCCGCUUUGCUCCCGAACUCAACGUUCGCCCAUACUAUGGGAUGCAAAAGGAGCGAGAGGAGCUAAGAAUGACCCUUGACGAGGACUUUGAGACCAUUGAUGUGAUUGUCACAACUUACGACAUGUCUUGCACCGAGCAAGACAAUCGAUGGCUUCGAAAGUACGGACCUUUUUCGGUCUGCGUGUACGACGAAGCGCACAUGUUGAGAAACCCCAAAUCGAAUCGAUACAAGCAGCUCAUGCGAAUCGGCGCAGAUUUCAAGGUGMUCCUCACAGGAACACCUUUGCAGAACAAUCUCCAGGAACUCGUCGCAAUUCUCGCUUUCAUCAUGCCAGAACUGUUCACUCAAAAGAGCGAAGAUCUGGAAUAUAUCUUCAAGCACAAGGCCAGCACCAAGGACACUGCUCACGCCGCUCUUCUAUCGAGCGAGCGUAUUGCGAGAGCGCGCACAAUGAUGCGGCCAUUCAUCCUUCGCAGGAAGAAACAUCAGGUUCUUGAUCUGCCCAAGAAGACGUCCCGUGUAGAGUGGUGCGACAUGACCGACACCCAAUCUGAGCACUACGCCGACAUCCUUACGGAAGCGCAACGUUUCUUCGAAGACAAGGCCUCAGGAGUGAUCAAGGGCUCCGCUGCGUACAGUUCCAAUGUCAUCAUGAAGCUCCGGAAAGCUGCGAUUCACCCUCUGCUCUCGAACCGCAUAUACGAUGAUGCAAGGAUUGAGAAGAUCGUGAAGGUGCUUCAGAAGUCUGAGGAGUUCGGAGGCAACUCUGCUGACAAGAUUCGCGCGUAUCUGAACGGAAAGGCUUCUGAUCAGGUCCUCAAGGGUGGUGACUUUGGUGUCCAUCGUUUCUGUCAGGAACGUGACUAUCUGCGCAAGAAAUUUGCUCUUAAGCAUCAAGAAUGGAUGGAUUCAGGCAAGGUCAAGAUCGCCGUUGACCKCAUUACCAAAUGGAAGGCUAAUGGAGACCGGGUCUUGCUGUUCUCACAAUUCACAACCGUCAUGGACAUCCUCGAGACGGUCAUGGAGACGAAGGACAUCAAGUUCAUGCGACUUGACGGCCAGACCAAGAUGGACAUCAGACAGGGGAUGAUUGACACAUUCACAAACGACACAGCCAUCACCGUCUUCAUGCUUUCGACCAAGGCUGGCGGUGCAGGUAUCAACCUCGCGGCCGCAAACAAGGUCAUCAUCUUCGACUCUGGCUUCAACCCACAAGACGACAUCCAAGCUGAGAAUCGCGCGCAUCGUGUUGGUCAGACCCGUGAAGUGGAGGUUGUUCGUCUUGUGAGCAAAGGCACGAUUGAGGAGCAGAUCCACGCUCUUGGCGAGUCCAAGCUCGCUCUGGAUGAUCGUGUAGCAGGCGAGGCUGCAUCUGCUGCUGAGAGCACUCAAGCGGAGAAGGCCGGCGAACAGAUGGUCGAGGAAAUGCUCACGAAGAAGAUCACGAAGAACGCGAGAGAAGACGAGGGGGACACGAAGGAGGAUCUGAAAGACGCUUUCAAGACCGGACUGGAAGAUCAGGGAAUCAAGGUGCAGAGCAAACAAGCGCAAUAUUGA